AUGUUUUCGUCUUCAAUUAGGUUAAUCGCAUCGGGUAUCCACCCGAUUCAAACCCUAAAAUCGCCGGUAAAUACCCCGAGACUCUUCACCUCCGUGACUAGAUUCAUCCACUCUGAUUCUAAUUCUCCGGGAACUGGAUCAAGUUCCAGUAGUAGAAUCGCGAUGAGCAGCAGCGUUGGGAAAACCGAGUUCGAUUCAGGCGCAACCGGCGAGAAUCGGGCGAGCAGAAUAAAGGAGAAACUGGAGAAGGAGCUGGAACCGGUGGAGUUAGUGAUCGAGGAUGUGUCGUAUCAGCACGCUGGUCACGCGGGGAUGAAAGGUAGAAGAACAGACGAAGAGACGCAUUUCAAUGUGAAGAUCGUAUCGAAAGGAUUCGAAGGAAUGAACCUGAUGAAGAGGCACAGGCUUGUCUACGAUCUGCUCAGGGAGGAGCUGGAUAAUGGAUUGCACGCGCUUUCUAUUGUCUCCAAGACUCCCUCCGAGUCCAAACGCUAGGAUUCUCCCCCUCUCUCUCUCCGAUAAAACAUUCUCUGUUUCUCUAUCGUUGAUGCUUUAAAGACUAUAUAUUUCCUUGUCAAAGUGUGUUGAUGUUUGCUUUGCAUCUAAACAAGG